AUGAAUAAGGGGAAAUUGUGCAUAUCCAUCACCGAAUUUGUGGAUCAAAGCGUCCUGAGUACUGUGGAGAUGUACACCUCCACACGAAUUUCUGGGAUGCAUUUAACCGGAUCUGCGAGGCCUUGGUUCAAAAUCGGGUUUUUAGCAAUUCAGGCCGCCGAAUGCAUCGGCGAGGUUGUUUCUCGCUCAGACUUUUGCUGA